AUGGCACAAUCAAGAAAGCUAAGUCAAGCCCGCCAUUCGGCUCAGUCGGCUGGAACGGCUCUUACCGCUACAGUCGAUCCACAGCAGCGUGACAACAAGGACAGGGCCGAACAGCGGGAUCCUUCUGACCGGGGUCGUGGUCGCGGCCGCGGAAGAGGCCGUGGACGAGGAAGAAAUGGCGGACGUGGCAAGGGCAGUUAUGGCAGCAGCGGUUAUGGUGGUCCAGGUGGUAACGACGGCACUUCAUCUUUUUGCAGCGGCGGCACAUCUUCUUCACAGGCCAACAUUCCUUUUGGAGGUUAUUACCCGUGGCCAUAUGUUCCUACUUGGGCCGGCCCACCCAAUAGGGCUACUCACCAACCUCAGCGGGCUUCAUGGACCCACUUACCACCUUGCCCCUAUCCAACUGUGAACAAGCAAAAUCAUAAUGCCGCAGGUAUUCUAGGACCUCGUCCGACUCAAUCCUUUGCUGCUACUCACACGCCAGCUGACAUUGAUCAGGCCAUGUAUGCAAUGUCGCUCAAUGACCCCUCUUGGGCUAUGGAUACGGGUGCCACAGGUCAUAUGACUUCUGACUCUAAACUCUCGUCUUUUUUUAAUAAUAGCAUUAUUCGAAACAUCAUUGUGGGGAAUGGUCAAACCAUUCCCGUGUAUGGACAAGGCGACCUUACCCUCCCCCCUUUAAAAUUAAACCAAGUUCUUUACGCACCAUCCCUAAUUAAAAAUUUACUUUCUAUUCGUCGUUUUACUACCGAUAAUCAACUAUCUAUUGAAUUUGACCCGUAUGGUUUUUUGGUGAAGGAUCUCAAGACUCGGACCCCUAUCUUACGAUGCAAUAGCUCCGGAGAUUUAUACACCUUUGAUCCAUCCUAA